CUGGGCCUAGGCCCUACUAAUUCAGCCCAAAUAGUAUUUCUUGGGCUACAAGUCACAACAGAAUUGCUGGCGUAUUUGUUUCUUCCGCAUCGAGCUUUUCUUGCUUAUCGACGAACCCUAGAGACUUCCUCUUUGAUUCACAAUUUCUGACAUUGGCCAUGGAAGCUUCGCUAAUCGUAAAUAAUGGUGCUACUGAAAGGACCUUGAAUCCAUAUGUGACUGGAACAUCAGUGAUAGGAAUGAAAUAUAAAGAUGGUGUUAUCUUUGCGGCUGAUACUGGAGGUUCCUAUGGUUCGACUUUGAGAUACAAGAGUGUGGAACGUAUAAAACCUAUUGGGAAACACUCUAUCCUAGGUGCAAGUGGUGAAAUCAGUGAUUUCCAAGAGAUCCUGCGCUAUCUCGAUGAGCUCAUCUUGAAUGACAACAUGUGGGAUGAUGGGAAUUCACUUGGUCCCAAGGAGAUCCACAACUAUCUAACUCGAGUUAUGUACAAUCGGCGCAAUAAGUUCGACCCUCUUUUUAACUCACUUGUUGUUGGCGGAGUGAAGAAUGGACAAAAGUAUCUUGGGAUGGUGAGUAUGAUUGGCACACAUUUUGAGGACAAUCAUGUGGCCACUGGAUUUGGAAAUCAUCUUGCAAGGCCAUUACUUCGUGCUGAAUGGCGUGAAGACCUGAGCUUUGAAGAGGCUGUUAAGCUGAUGGAGAAGUGCCUGCUUGUGCUCUUAUAUCGUGAUAGAUCAGCAAUUAACAAGUUUCAGAUUGCCAAGAUAACAGAGGAAGGAGUGACCAUCUCUCAGCCAUAUGCUCUGAAGACCAACUGGGGUUUCUCUGCCUUCCAAAACCCAAGCAAGGGAGCUGAGGGAACAUGGUAAAAAUUGCUAUGCACUGAAGGAGUGGUGUGUUGAUAUCGUUCUAGUUUCUUGGGCAGAAAUCUAAAAUUAUGGAGACAAUGUCGUGCACUUGUUAAACUGUAUGUGGAUGCAUUGUGAUUGACUUUGGCGAACUUGUUCCAAAGAUUUAUUUUGUGCCUCGCCCCGGAGUUUGUUUUAGAAAUUUUAAUUUGCCCUUGGUUCCAA